AGGCAAGCUAAUGUAUUUUGUACCACUGUAGCUGUCAUAGUUGCGCAUGCGCAGGACUCAACACGCCUUUUUGCUGACGGCAAGAAUGGCGUACCAGUUGUACAGGAACACUACGCUAGGAAACAGCCUUCAGGAGAGCCUGGACGAGCUCAUUCAGACGCAACAGAUCACUCCCCAGUUGGCCCUCCAGGUUCUUCUUCAGUUUGACAAAGCCAUCAACACGGCGCUGGCCAACCGCGUUCGUAACCGCGUCAACUUCAAGGGUUCGCUGAACACUUACCGCUUUUGCGACAACGUGUGGACGUUCGUGUUGAACGACGUCGAGUUCCGAGAAGUCACCGACCUGGUCAAAGUGGACAAGGUCAAGAUUGUGGCCUGCGAUGGAAAGAAUUCUGGCUCCAAUGCCGGCGAGUAGGCACGCACACCUGCCAACAUAACCCUCAAGUGUACAUAUGCUUCUAAUUUAUCUCUGUGUGAAGUUUAUUUUACAUUUGUUUUCCAGCGUUUGUAUAAACUGAAUAAAUAACUAUAAACGCUUGAGUGUCUUUGAUGACUUUUAAGAACGGCAGCCGACGCUCAACUGUAAGUGGCCAAUCUCCAUCAUUAAAUGAUGAGCUUUUCCUUGCUGAAGGCAUGUUUAGAUUUUCAACACAGACCUAAUCCAAAUAUUGAAUAGGUUAAACAGAGGAAUAAUGCGUGAGGCAAAAUUUUGGCGCAAGAGUUUUUAUCUUUGCGUACGACAAAGGCUGUUUUGCAAUAUUUAAUCAGGAUUUUAGCAAACUUGUUGAUAAUUCUGUUCUAGGUUUUAGUGCCCAUUGCAAAAUAUGUGCGAGCAACACUAACACUUCUGUUGGAUGUCAAAUAGGGGCCGCAAAAUAUUGUCCAGUGGGCCACAAUUU